AUGGCAUCAACAAGCAUUAUCUUCAUCGUGUUGGCUAUGUGCUUCUCAACCACUUUCGGCAGUGUAGUCGUACCAUACGCUUCAUCGUACAACGCACACACUGUGAAUCACGCCGUUACCACUCCACUCACAGCCGCAUCGGUCGCCGCUACACCAUUGGUGGCCGCAGCUCCAGCACCUUAUAUUGCACGGUUGGCGCCAGCUCCCCUUGUAGCACCAGCAGCAGCUCCAUUGAUUGCACCUGCUCCAUCUCCUUUCGUUGCCCGUGCAGGUCCACUAGUUGCACCAGCUCCUUAUAUUAACUCACUUGCUCCAUUGGCGCCCACACCUCUUAUAGCUCGUGCUGCUCCUUUGGUAGGACCAUCGCCUUACAUUGCACCUGCUCCAUUUGUGGCCAGAUCAGCCCUACCUCCAUUCGCCACACCAUACUCAUACCCAUAUCUUUUCUAA